AGAGAGAGAGAAUACGAGUAGACAGGAGACCGGCCACCCCCGGGUAAUCGCGUGGCCGUAGAGGUGCGCGGAGCGGGCGAGGAUCGAUCGCAAGCGAGGAUGCCGGCGGACGCGGAGCUGAGCACGCUCCUGAGCAGGCGACAGAAGAUCAACGAGGACCUCGAGGAGGGCCGGGAGGUUAAGAAGCAAUAUAAGUUCGUCAACGUCUACACGGAGUUCCACGAGCUCAGCAGACGCGAGAUCAAACAGUACGAGCAAACCUUCAACAGGUUUGACGAUGGUCGCGAUGGCUACCUUGACCUUGCCGAACUCAAGCGCAUGAUGGAGGUCCUGGGAGCACCCCAAACCCACCUUGGCCUAAAGGCGAUGAUCCAAGAAGUGGACGAGGACCAGGACGGGCGGAUUUCCUUCCGCGAGUUCCUUCUGAUCUACCGGAAAGCCCGAGCCGGUGAACUCGAACAAGAUUCCGGAUUAGGCCAGCUGGCGCGUCUCACCGAAGUCGACGUGGACGAAGUUGGCGUCACCGGCGCGAAAAACUUCUUCGAAGCCAAGAUCGAGCAGCUGAGAAAAUCGAGCAAAUUCGAGGACGAGAUACGAAUGGAGCAGGAGGAGAGAAAGCGCGAGGAAGAGGAGCGCGCGGCAAGGCGCGAGCAGUUCCGCCAGAGGGCCGCUAUUUUUGGUAAGAACUGAGAACCAACCGGGACGAUGUCUCACCGCCUCCC